GUCCGCUGUGGCCGGACGUGAACCUGGACCCAGACUGGGACCGGAGGACCCACACGGCUCUGCAGAGGACCGGGACCGGAACAAAACCCGGACACGGACCAGGACCGUCAGCGGAACCGGGACAGGGACCGGCAGAACCGGCUGACGGCAGUCCGGAACCAGGAGCCACUUCCCGAUGCUGACGCUGGCGUUUCCCUCCGUCUGAACAUGUGAACGUCUUAUCAGUCGACUCAUGGCUCUUUUACAGCUCGGAUCCAUCUGAUACCUGAACACACACCUACACACCUGUCCUGCACAUGCUCUCUGUCCACGUCUCCUGAUCACCUGACCCGAGCGGAGCCUCCCCAUUGGCCAUGCGGCUCGGCACUCUGUGAUGUCCGAGCGGCGCGGCGGUCAGGGGCGGGGCUGCAGAGACGUUCCUCGGUUUGUGGUCGGAUGGGAAGAUGAUGAGCAGGACUCCAGUCGAAUGGAGGCGGGGCUGAAGAGAGACAUGUUCAGAGAAGAAGACAUGGAGUAUGACGAUGACGACGACUCGCCGUCGGAGCGACAGAUCAUGGUCGGAAUCUGCGCCAUGACGAAGAAGUCCAAGUCCAAGCCCAUGACUCAGAUCCUGGAGCGUCUGUGUAAGUUCGACUACAUCAUCGUGGUGAUUUUCCCAGAGGAGGUGAUUCUGGAGGAGCCGGUGGAGAAGUGGCCGCUCUGCCACUGCCUCAUCUCCUUCCACUCCAAAGGUUUUCCUCUGGACAAAGCUGUAGAAUACGUCAAACUGAGGAAUCCACUGUUUAUCAACGACCUCAACAUGCAGUACUACAUACAGGACAGGAGGGAGGUGUACCGCAUCCUGUUGGAGGAGGGCAUCGAUCUGCCUCGAUAUGCCGUUUUAAAACCGAGACCCGACAAUCCUGAAGAAUGUAACCUGGUGGAGUGCGAGGACCAUGUGGAGGUUAACGGAGAGGUUUUCCCCAAACCGUUUGUGGAGAAACCAGUGUGUGCCGAGGACCAUAACGUGUACAUCUACUACCCAACGUCUGCAGGAGGAGGCAAGAGACUGUUCAGGAAGAUCGGCAGUCGCAGCAGUGUUUAUUCUCCUGAAAGCAGCGUCAGAAAGACCGGGUCCUACAUCUAUGAGGAGUUCAUGCCGACAGACGGCACCGACGUGAAGGUCUACACUGUGGGUCCAGAUUACGCUCACGCAGAGGCCAGGAAAUCUCCGGCUCUGGACGGGAAGGUGGAGCGGGACAGCGAGGGACAAGAGAUCCGAUAUCCUGUGAUGCUGACGGCCAUGGAGAAACUGGUGGCGAGAAAAGUCUGCCUGGCCUUCAAGCAAACAGUCUGUGGCUUCGACCUGCUCCGAGCCAACGGACACUCCUACGUGUGCGUCAACGGCUUCAGCUUCGUCAAAAACUCCAUGAAAUAUUACGAUGACUGUGCCAAAGUCCUGGGGAACAUGGUGAUGAGGGAGCUGGCUCCUCAGUUCCACAUCCCCUGGUCCAUCCCCAUGGAGGCUGAAGACAUCCCCAUCGUCCCCACCACCUCAGGAACCAUGAUGGAGCUGCGCUGCGUCAUCGCCAUCAUUCGCCACGGAGACCGAACACCAAAGCAGAAGAUGAAGAUGGAAGUCCGACAUCCACUAUUCUUUGAGCUGUUUGAGAAGUAUGGAGGAUAUAAGUCAGGAAAACUGAAGCUGAAAAAGCCCAAACAGCUUCAGGAGGUUCUGGACAUCGCUCGGCUGCUGCUGGUGGAACUGGGCCAACACGACUGUGAGAUCGAGGAGAAGAAGUCCAAACUGGAGCAGCUGAAGACGGUUUUGGAGAUGUACGGCCACUUCUCAGGCAUCAACAGGAAAGUCCAGCUGACCUACCUGCGCUACGGCCAACCCAAAGCCUCCAGCGAAGAGGAAGAUUCCAAGAAGGAUGGCCCGUCUCUGCUGGUUCUGAAGUGGGGGGGCGAACUGACGCCUGCAGGCCGGGUCCAGGCAGAGGAGCUGGGCCGGGCGUUUCGCUGCAUGUACCCCGGAGGUCAAGGUGACUACGCUGGGUUUCCGGGCUGCGGUCUUCUGCGACUUCACAGCACGUACCGCCACGACCUGAAAAUCUACGCCUCAGACGAAGGCCGAGUGCAGAUGACGGCCGCCGCUUUCGCUAAGGGUCUCCUGGCUCUGGAAGGGGAGCUGACCCCCAUCCUGGUCCAGAUGGUGAAGAGCGCCAACAUGAACGGCCUGUUGGACAGCGACAGCGACUCUCUGACCGACUGCCAGCAGAAGGUGAAGGCUCGGCUGCACGAGAUCAUGCAGAAGGACCAGGACUUCGCUCAGGACGACUAUCAGAAGCUGGCUCCGACCGGUAGUCCGUCUCUGGUCAACUCCAUGAAGGUGAUCGAGAACCCGGUCCAGACCUGCGAUAAGGUCUACGCCCUGAUCCAGAGCCUGACUUCCCAGAUCCGACGGAGGCUGGAGGAUCCCAAGUCUGCAGACCUGCAGCUCUACCACAGUGAGACACUGGAGCUGAUGCUGCAGCGCUGGUCCAAACUGGAGCGAGAUUUCCGCAUGAAGAGCGGCCGCUACGACAUCAGUAAGAUCCCCGACAUCUACGACUGCAUCAAGUACGACACCCAGCACAACAGCUCCCUGGGUCUGGAGGACACGCUGGAGCUGUUCCGACUGUCACGAGCCCUGGCGGACAUCGUCAUUCCUCAGGAGUACGGUAUCUCUAAGGUGGAGAAGCUGGACAUCGCUCAGGCCUACUGCGUCCCUCUGAUGAAGAAGAUUCAGCUGGACCUGCAGAGGACCCACGAGGACGAGGCCGUCAACAAACUGCAUCCGCUGUACUCUCGAGGUGUGAUGUCUCCGGGCCGUCACGUCCGAACGCGACUUUACUUCACCAGUGAGAGCCACGUCCAUUCGCUGCUCAGCAUGUUUCGCUACGGUGGCCUGUUGGACGAGGAGAAGGACCAGCAGUGGAAACAAGCCAUGGAUUAUCUGAGCGCUGUGACUGAACUCAACUACAUGACGCAGAUUGUUAUCAUGUUGUACGAGGACAACAAUAAAGACCCGUCGUCAGAGGAGCGUUUCCACGUAGAGCUUCACUUCAGUCCAGGAGUCAAAGGAUGUGACGACGAGGACAACGUCCCUCUGGGCUUCGGUUUCCGUCCAGCUUCAUCAGAGAAUAAGGACAAAAAGCCCAACCAGGGCAGUCUGGAGGACCUGACCCAGGACCAGCCGGACCAGGCCAUCCCUGUCUCUGAACCCAUCAACAUUCAGAGAAGGUCUCCCAUGAUCCGCAACCGCAAGACCGGCUCCAUGGAGGUCCUCUCUGAGACCUCCCCCUCUCAGACGUCCAAAGGUGGCCCCUCCCACCGACUCUUCCCCUCGUGUUCUCGACAGUCACCAGAAGUCAAAGCAGCCGGAGGACUAGGCUCGCUCUGCUCUGGACUCUUCAGCGCCUCGGCCCUGGGCGUGUCCUGCAGCGCCCCCAACCUGCGGGACUACGUCCGAACGCACCACCACCACAGGAAGCCGCCGCUGUCGCCGGGCAGCCUGCCGUGUCAGAUCGGCGUGUUCGGUUUCGAAGGCUGCUCCAUGGUGCCCUCUAUCUACCCUCUGGAGACACUGCACAACUCUCUGUCGCUGAAACAGGUGGAUGAGUUUCUGAACACGGUGUGUGAGAGCAGCAGCGAAGCCCACGCCAAGACCAUGAAAGCUCUGUCCAGUCUGUUCGACUCUCAGACCUCUGCGUCUCCGUUCGGUUCUGCUCCUCUGCUGUCGUCCUCGGGGUCGGAGACGUCCCUCCGUCCUCUGAACCAGACGCUGUGGUAUCACAGCAGUGUUCCCUCCAGUGCCGUCUCCAGCGCCGGCCCCUCCUCCCCCAUCACAGAGAACUCAGGUCUGAAUUUCAGUUUCAGCGAGUAGCCCCGGUGCCUUCUGGGUAGGGAGUCCAGGCCUCCUCAGGUCCACCUCCUGGUCGGUCUUCUGAACUGCACUCAGUCUCCUCUGGACUUGGACCCGGUCCUGGUCGUCCUGGUUCAGUCUGGUUCUGGUUCUGCCAUCCACAGUCAAGGAUUCACACAAAGGCUGAAAACUAACACACACUGGAACCAUCAAACACAAGUGGACCCCCUGGACCCUCUGAGGUCUGGACCAUGGACCCCCUGGACCCUCUGAGGUCUGGACCAUGGACCCUCUGGACCCUGUAAGGUCUGGACCUAGGACUGUCGUGGACCCUUUCAAUCUCCUGUUUGUGGUUUUUCUGUCGUUGUGUGUCGCCAUCACAUGUCAAACAUUAUUUAAGCCAAACCUGGUUGGUUUUAAAGUCAGUCCUAUUUUUUUUUUGUCCGCUAAUGAAUGAAGAACCUGCCAAACCAAAGUGUCGGUAAAAGCUGGUGUUAUCGUUUCUGUCAGAUCAGACAGCUUCUGCUUUAAACCAACGUCAUUCCAACUCAUUGACUCCACUUUACUGGUUCAUGAACAGAUCCUCAGUACGCGUCCUUUAUUGAUUCUGUCACUAGUUGCUUUUCCAUCAGACAUCUGCGCAAAACUUUACCAAUAUUUACUAAAUGUUGAAAAAACAGAAGUGCGUAAUGUCGGCUUUUCCAUUAAAUCACAAAUGUGAUGAUUUGUUUAUUUAUUCUUGCGAGAAGACAUGAGAAGUCAUUCCAUAAACAUGAACAUAAAUAUGGUGUUGAUUUACUUACAUAUUACCACUCUAUCUCCAAUUAAAUUAGAAAAUGAUGUGGUUUCCUGCUGUGUCCACUAGGGCUGUGUAUUGGCAAGAAUCUGACAAUAUGAUACAAAUCACAAUACUGGAAUCACGAUGUGAUAUA